AUGUCCACAAGAGAAAGGCUCAAGGGGAAAAUGACAAAAGACAGCGUUACCUUGCUGCCUUGUUUUUAUUUCGUUGAGCUGCCCAUCCUGGUCUCCUCGGUGGUGAGCCUGUACUUUCUGGAAUGGACAGACGUGUUCAAGCCAGUCCGCUCAGGCUUCAGCUGCCACGACCGUAGUCUCAGCCUGCCUUACAUCGAACCCACGCGGGAGGUGGUACCCUUCCUUAUGCUCCUCAGCCUCGCCUUCGCUGCCCCCGCCAUCACGAUAAUGAUCGGGGAGGGGAUUCUCUUCUGCUGUCUGUCCAGGAGUCACGGCGGACCUGGUGCUGAGGCUGACAUCAACGCAGCUGGCUGCAACUUUAACUCAUUCAUUCGUCGCGUUGUCAGGUUUGUGGGCGUCCACGUGUUUGGUCUGUGUGCCACGGCUCUUGUAACUGACAUCAUCCAGUUGUCGACGGGCUAUCCUGCACCAUACUUUCUCACCGUUUGCAAACCCAACUACACCCAUCUGAACACCUCCUGUGAUGAGAACUCCUUCAUUAUGGAUGACAUCUGCUCUGGAGCGGACUCCGCCAUAAUCAACGCUGGCAGGAAAUCCUUUCCCUCUCAGCAUGCGACACUGGCAUCCUUUGCUGCUGUCUACAUAUCUAUGUAUUUCAACAGUACCCUGACUGACUCCUCUAAGCUGCUGAAGCCUCUGCUGGUCUUCUCCUACAUCAUCUGUGCUAUUAUCUGUGGACUGACUCGUAUUAUCCAGCACAAGAACCACGCCAUCGACGUCUACUUGGGCUUCCUCCUGGGAGGAGCAAUUGCUGUUUACCUGGGGCUUUAUGCCGUGGGGAAUUUCCAACCUAGUGAGGAGAAGUCAAGUGUGGAGCCUGAGACAAGGGUUCACUGCAGGUCUCUGCCUGAACUCAGACAGCAGGUCGGCCACCACCUGCCGGCCAAGUGCAACAGCAAUUGUGACGGUCUCUCCUCUGCCCACUCAGAGGGUAUCCUGCACCGUGGCCAGCCUCUCCGAGAGACAGGUUCUCUCACCAGCCUGAGGACAACCAGUGCCGACGUGGAGGUCCUCACACCGCGUGGCCCCAUAGGUAAAGAGAAUAUGGUGACUUUUAGCCACACUCUCCCCAGAGCACAUACGCCUGCGAUUGAUGAGGCAGCCCGACGAAACGCCACCAUCCACACCUCCAUGGAUUCCAGUCGCUCGAAGCAACUUCUCUCGCAGUGGAAGAGCAAGAACGAGAAUCGCAAACUCUCACUGCAGACUAUGGAUCCUUCCACCGGUCAGUCACCCCCCAGCUGCAUGGAGGUCCGUUCCAGUUCUGAGCCCUCUGCUGUGGGUGUUAACGGCGAGCACCAGGGCCCUUCCAGCCAGUACCUCAAACUGGCCACCGGCAGCACCACGCUCCCUACUAACCCCAGCGGCAUUGCCGGAGGAGCUCGUGUGUCCAUCCAGUCCCGACCAGGCUCUUCACAGCUGGUCCACAUCCCAGAGGAGACCCAGGAGCAUGUCAAUGCAUCUCCCAAAUGUGCAAACGCCCGUGACAAAUGGAUGAAGAGCAUGGAGAAGAGCUGCUCAGCGGCAGCUGCAGCAGCCAACAGGACUAACGGCCAGCCUCGCAUUAUGCAGGUCAUUGCUAUGUCUAAGCAGCAGGGUCUGCUCCCUGCCAGUUCUCAGAGCUUCGAUAACAGCAUGCUCAGCUGCAACAGUUCAGGCCACUACAAAACACUGAUGGAACAGGAGUCCAAUGCAAGCCAGGCUUCUACGGGAAGUAUCGUCAGAGUGGAGGCUCACCCAGAGAACGGCCGGCCUGCGGUGCAGCCUCCCCCCAGUGACGGCAGUGGCUCGUGGAAACUCAAGUCCCACAGCAGCCUACGUCAGUCCUUUGAGCUAAACGACUUGAACAGGGACUCUGAGAGCUCGGACGGAGGAAUGCUGAGGGACGGAUACGGCUCCACGGACAGGAAAAGGAUCUCCAACACCUGCAUGAACCACCACCCCCACCAGAGCAUCUCUACCAUCCGCGUGACCCCUAUGGAAGGGGGGGAGAUAAGUUCAGAGGGCCAUUCUUUGGCUCCUAGUCGAGACUCCACUCUCCGUAGGAAAGGAAACAUGAUCCUUAUCCCAGAAAGAGGGAAUAGCCCAGACAACACUAGGAACAUUUUCUACAAAGGCACAUCAUCCACUCCAGCUCUCAAAGAGUAG